AUGGCGGUUGUUAAUAAUGAAAAUAUGGUACAGCAGCAGACACCCAGUCCACAAACUACGCCAGCUCAAUCUACUACAUCACAAGUAAAUACAAUGACUCUUACAAGUACUACUACAAGUACUGUAAUAAUAUCAGUCCCACCAGCAUCUAUAAAAACACAAGAUAUUUCAGAAAGUGUGAAAGAUGAUAAGUCACAGAAUAAAUGUAAAAAAAGUGAAGAAAGUACGGAUGAGCAGCGAGAAAAGACGAAGAAAGAUUGUGAGCAUCAAAGUAAAGUUAAAAAAGGUGAUGUGGGUGGAGAAAAGGAAGGUAAAAGUGAACACCAUGAUAUUGAAAAUAAACCUAAAGGAAAAAAGAAUGGCGAAAAUGAACAGAACAAUAAAAAACAAGACAAUGAAGAAAAAGAUAUUACAACUGUUAUACGCGAAAUACCAACUACUGUUACAGUAGAAGUACCUUUAACCCUUUUUAGGGAGCACACAACUACAGCGAUUUCAAAAGUGCCAAUUAUAAAUUAUUCCCUAACAACAUUUACUGAGAAGGAUACAACAACAAAAACAUUCUUUAAAACAGCAACAGUAACAAGUGAAAUAUUCGAAACAACAACUUUGACUACAGAAAUAUUAAAAACAACUACUGUCAGUGUCAUUAAUCAGCAAACUACUGACUACGAUCAUAAAGAAAACGAACUAGAUGAUGAGAAUAACUCUAAAAUUCCAACAUAUGACGUCGAUUAUAAAUUUCCAGGACAAUUUAAAGAUAUUGAAGAUAAAUUCGCGCGUUUUAGAUCUAAAAAAAUCUUAAAAAAAGACAUAGACAAUUUAUUAAUGAAUUUGUGUGAUACUAAGUCUAAAAAUUACGAUUGUAUUUCGCCUUUUUUAGAAGAUAAAAAAAAGAGAGAAUUUACUUGUACUGAUAAUCAAAAAUCAACGGAUAAUGAUUGUAAAUCAGAAAGUAUUAAAACAGUUUAUAUUUCUGAUACUAAAUCACAAGAUGCUGUCUUUGAAAAUGAAAAGAUAAGCACGGUUUACAUUACAAAAGAACCAUCCGUUGAAAAACUUACAACGGUUUUUAUUACACGGGAACCCGAAAAAGAAAAUAUUAGCACAGUUUUAGAAACUACACCACCAUUUAAUGAAAAAACAACUACUAUUUUCGUAGCACCACCAUCACCUGCAACAGACUCACAUGUCGAACAAGAAAAAACCAAAACCGUUUUUAUAACACAAUCUUUAGAAGCAAAAAAUCAAGAUAUUUUAGAUAAAGUAAGUACUGCACUUGUAACAACCCUAAUUAACGCAAAUACUCCUGCCACACAAGAAGCAUAUAGCACUGUUUUUAUUACUACUUCAGUUUUAAUUCCUACUCCACAAGUUGUAAAUCAGGCACCCGCACUUGAUAUUUUACAAACUGCUGAUAUAAAGAAAAAAGAGGAUAAAACACCUUUGAAAUCUAAAGAAGAUUGUGACGAAGAUAUUAUACCUUUGCUUAAGGACCUUAUUCAGACUACACUUGCCAGUGCAAAACAAAAACAUGCUAAACCUAAAAAAUCCAAUAGAAAAAUUUUUAAAACGUUUUAUGCAAAAAGAAAAAAAAGAAAGUGCAAUCCUAAACGAGAAUGUUCGGACAAGAAAGGUCAACCUAUGGAAUACGAAAAAAUUUGUAAUGAAGAUCAUAAUGUUUAA